AUGGUAGUAACAGCACAUAGCCGGCGUGUACAGAUCAUACGCACGGCCGUGGCGAUGCCGACACACGCGAUCAUCUGCUGCUGCUGGAGGCGGCGACGUCCGCAGCAGCUGGCCGGCCUUCUGCUGCUUCUGUUCACCUGCAUCGCUCCUAACCUCGUCGCUGUCAACGGUCAGGCGACGAAUUCCGUCGUGUCGCGGUACGGACAAACCUACUCUGAAUCAUACAAUGCUGUCAGUGCGCCACCGAUGUGCGAGAUACCUGUGUUGAUGCGAGGUCAGUGGUACUCGUACGAGGGCGGUGGUGACAAAAUACACCUGCUAGAGGCAAAGGCGAUGUCCGGCAAGGGCACGUGCAUACAAAUGAAGUUCGAUGACGCGGAUAGUGUGUAUCGGAAUUUCUUCCUCUUCGAUAACGGUGUAUGCAAGACCUGUGUAGCGCUAUACUACCGAACGCCAAACGUAUUAGAGAAGAAAGAAACGACCUGUCAGCGUUCGGAUAAGAGGUCUACGAUGAAGGAACUCUGUACGGAGAUUGACAUCGAUGGUCUGACCUUAGCCACCAUGUUCAUGCAGGCUAUUUAUAUCGUAACUAAAGCUAAGGCUUACGAUAGUCAAAGGAGCUUCUACAUCGUGGCACUUUCUGUAGGACAUGUAGAAUCGUUGGUUCUCGAUCGCGAAGUUGAUUCCGGGCCGCUGACAGGCCAAACAGUAGAGCUUCAUGUGCCAGAGGUUGCUGAGGAACUAGAGCUUGAUUACUCCCCGCUCGAAGAGGAUUCUCCGAAGGUGAACCACAGGACCGACAAGUCCUUCAAUCCCGACCGUGCUACAAUUUGCUCAAGGAAUUUUGAGGAAAGCUGCUUUUCGACAGAGUCGAUGAUCAUCCUCGACGUGAAGCCGUGGGAGGACGAGACGGACCUGGUGGAGAUGGAGGAAGCUGCAGAUCGCUGCGUCGUCGGGGACGACAACGAUCGGGGCACGGACUUCCUCGAGGAAACGAUCACGCAUUCAGAGGACCACGUCAGUCGGUCGACCAUCGCCGCCUUCAACAAGCUGUAG